GCCAGCGCCGGCCGCACAGCGCCGGGUGCCCGGGCGGGGGGCCAUGCCGUGCCGGAGGGAGGAGGAAGAGGAAGCCGGCGAGGAAGCGGAGGGGGAGGCGGAGGAGGAGGAGGAGGACAGCUUCCUCCUGCUGGAGCAGUCGGUGACGCUGGGCGGCUCGGGCGAGGUGGACCUGCUGGUGGCCCAGAUCGGCGAGACGCUGCAGCUGGACGCGGCGCAGGACAGCCCGGCCUCCCCGUGCGCGCCCCCGGGGCCGCCGCCGCAGCCCCCGCGGCCCCCGGCGGCCGUGCGGGCGGACAAGGCCCGGCCCCCCGCGCUGCCGCUGCUUCUGCCGCCCGCGCCGGCCGAGGCGGUGGGCCCGGCGCCCCCGGGGGCCCUGCGCUGCGCCCUCGGGGACCGCGGCCGCGUGCGGGGUCGGGCUGCGCCCUACUUCGUGGCCGAGCUCGCCGCGGGCCCCAGCGCGUUGUCGCCGCUGGCCCCUCAGCCCGGCCUUGACGGGCCCUCGGGAGCGGACAAGCGGGCCGCCCCGCAGCCGCUGUCGGGCCCGUGCCGGCGGGGGUGGCUGCGGGGCGCCGCCGCCUCCCGCCGCCUCCAGCAGCGACGCGGGCCCCAGCCCGAAUCCCGCACCGGCGACGACGACCCGCACCGGCUCCUGCAGCAGCUGGUGCUCUCGGGGAACCUCAUCAAGGAGGCGGUGCGGAGGCUUCAUUCGCGACGGCUGCAGAUACACGCAAAGCUUCCCCAGCGCCCGCUCUCCGGGCCGCUGUCGGCCCCGGUGCAUGAGCCCCCGUCUCCCCGCAGCCCUCGGGCGGCCUGCAGCUUCUCCGGCGCGUCCGGGAGGAGGGCGCAGCCCCGAACUGGCGACGGCGUUCCUGUCCCUGGCAGCUAACGCCCCGGGAGUGGCCACAGCGCCAGCCUCUGCCUGGAGGGCAGGGGAGCCCCCAGAGGGCUACAUCCCUACUCGGACGGACUGGUGAACUCGCGUUUUGGAAGCGGGAAAAUAAGCUAAUGCAGACGAGGAAUGGAAAAACCGCGAAUGUUUUCGCGGGGAACUAAUGGAGGGCCCCCGAUGCGUUUGAGAAACAGAAGAACUUGGGUGCCCUGUUUGAGGCAGAUUACCGAGCGCACCCCAAGCUCACAUCCAGUGGUACUCCCCGUUCGGCGUGGCCAGCCCCCGCGGUGCAGCGAGCAGAUCCACGCAGCCGAGCCAGUGGGACCCUCCAGCCCAGCGGCCAUGUGGCCACGUUCCACGCGUCUCUGGAUCGCGCGCGCCCAAAGGACGAGGGUGACCCCAGUUACUGGCUUUACCUUUUCAGGGCUGGUUCCUGAUCCACUUUGGGGGAGGGGAACAUGAGUCAGACCAUCAUUUCAGGGAGAACCUCAAACUGCCAGACUUGAAAAAUUUACGACUCUUUAAAAAACCCA